GGAGGGAGAGUACACCCCCCCCAGCGCCGCUCUCCUUCUCCUGUGCCGAGUUCCGGCGUGCGCUGCGCUUCCGGCCGGCGGCUCCUUCCGGUGGAAGCCCGGCGUAGAGGACGGUCGGCAGGAUGUUGGCUUCAAGAGCAUUCAGCCUCAUUGGGAGAAGAGCCCUUUCCACCUCCAUCUGUGUGAGGGCGCAUGGGCAUGCUGGUGUUGUCAAAGCAGAGGAUUUCAGCCAUCCAGCAUAUGUUGAUCGCCGUGAUGUUCCCCUGCCAGAAGCAGCCUUUGUGAAGGAGCUCUCUGCUCAGCAGAAGGCUCUGAAAGAAAAGGAAAAGGCAUCUUGGACCGCUUUGUCUGUUGAUGAGAAAGUUGAAUUGUACCGUAUCAAAUUCAAUGAGAGCUAUGCAGAAAUGAACAAAGGAACAAAUGAGUGGAAGACCGUCCUUGGUGGAGUGCUUUUCUUUCUUGGCGUAUCUGGCCUCAUCCUCAUCUGGCAGAAAAUGUACAUGUACAGCCCUGUUCCUCACACCUUCUCUGAUGAGUGGCUGGCAAUGCAGACAAAGAGGAUGUUGGACAUGCGGAUGAAUCCCGUGGAAGGCAUCUCUUCCCAGUGGGAUUAUGAGAAGAACGAGUGGAAGAAAUGAAGCAACUCAGCUCUGCUUGAAUAUGAAAUGAUUCCAUCACCUGUGCGUGACCUCGUUGCUUAUGUACUGGAACAAUCUCUCCACCUAAAUAGAUGAAAAUAAACAUCUGGUUAACUUGAAA